AUGAGCUCAACAGCAUUGUUUUCAGAAAAGCAUAAUGCCGAGCAUAAGGAUGGAAGAUUAAAACAGUUGGCAGACCAGCCUGUUCAAUCAGAUGGAACUGCUGAGAAAUCUGAAAGAGCUAAGGCAGGAGCGGUUUUGUUGGACCCGAAUGGUGACUUUGUUGCAACAAUGAGUACUCCACUCCCAUUUUGCGACUCACCGUUAAUGGCUGAAACUCUUGCAUGUAAGGAAGCUCUUUCUUGGUUGAAGAUCAGGAACGAGGUGGCAGUUACUAUGUUCACGGAUUGCUCUUUACUCUGUGGAAAUCUUCGGUCUAAUUCUGAGAUGUUGUCGUACAUUGAAUAUCGACGCACACCACUAAACCACCAAACUCUAGAGUGCUUAUUUCAUGACUAUAAGGGAAUUUGCAUCCAUUUACAAAUUCCAAAAGAAUAUGUUCAAAAAUUCAGUACUCUUUUGAGGGAAGGAAAGGUUUAUGACGUUCAGAAUUUCAUUGUGCAUACAUCUCGCAUGAGGUUUAAGACAUGCGAGCACAAAUACAUCCUUAAAGCAAACAAUGAUACGGUGAUCAGUUUUUCGGAUCAAGAUGAUUCCAUCUUUCCGAAAAACAUGUUUCAAUUUAAGGAUUUUGGAUCCUUAAAGGCUACAGGAGGUGUUGAUUGUAACCAGUUAAUUGAUUUGAUUGGUCGUGUCGUUUUCAUUCAUCAGCCAAAAGAUAUUCAAGUUAAACAAAAUUCCCAAAGGUUGAUUGAUUUUGUUAUUGAGGAUUGUAGGAAUGCACGUUUGGAAAGUCGAUUGACCAUAACCUUAUGGAACGAGCAUGUGGAUUCCGUUUUGCCCUUUUUUAAUGUUGCUUUAACAGACCCAUUGAUUGUUAUACUACAAUUAUGUAGAGCUAGGGUCACUGAUGAUGAUGAGAUUAGGAUUUCCAGUUCGUAUACUGCAACUAGGGUUUUGUUCAACUAUGAAUGCCCCGAGGUUUUUGCAUUCAAGGAUAGUUUGCCUAGGUUCUUGACUCCAAUACGGAGUAUAAGCUUAAGAUCUAGAAACACGGGAUCCGGAUCGUUGGAAACUAUGUCAAAUGAGAAUAUCACAGUGACUUCUUUAAUGGAUAUUUAUGAUGAUAAAAAGAUAGGAGAAUUUUGGGUCAUUGGAGAAAUUUCAAAUAUUCAACGCGAUUGGUACUUCAUUGCAUGUGCGAAUAAGGGUUGUGGGAAGAAACUUCAAGAAAUUAAUGAUCAAAUGUAUUGUAAGUCAUGUGACCAACAGAGUCCUGACGAAAUAAUCAAGUAUAAAUUGGUUAUUGAUAUACUUGAUGAUGAGCAAGAUGGACAACUAAUUCUUUGGGAUAAUUUGUGUUCGCCUCUAUUAGGGAUCACUGCUAGCGAGUUAAAGGGGAAAUAUUCUGAGGAAGGUUGUAUGCCCAAUGAGAUUGAGGGAUUAAUUGGAAAGACCAUGAAGUUCAUGAUAGUUACAAGAGAGGAUCAAUUUAAGUACAGAGGAAAUGCUGUUUUUACUGUUUUAGGAGUGCAAGCUGACGAAGCAAUAAGCAAUUCUUUCAAAAAGGGAGAACAUGGCAGUGUGAUUAGGAAGCUUGCUAAGGAAAAAGAAUUCAAUGAAAAUUUUGCACAAGGCAUUGAAACACUAGAAGUUAUACCUUCGUCUAAUCCAAAAGUAAUCAUUCUUGAUGAAAGCACUCCUGACCAGCAAUCUUUGAAGAGAAUAAACAUGGAUUGUUCAUCAUCUUCAAAGACUUUGAAAAAGCCUAAGAAUGAGCCCAACCCAUGCUAG